UAUCGGUAUGAAAUCGAUGACAGCUCUUAAAAAGAGAUAUGGAACUCAAUAUAAGGUCGGGAAUAUUGCUGAAGCAAUCUAUGUGGCUUCCGGAGGAUCUAUGGAUUGGGUCAAAGGCACUUAUGGUACACCUAUCGCUUAUACAUAUGAAUUGCGUGAUCAAGGUCGUAACGGCUUUUUGUUGCCUCCUAAUCAAAUUAUCCCGACUGGAGAAGAAACUAUGGACUCUCUCGUAACCAUGUUUAAAGAGGCAAAGGCACGUGGAUAUCCCGCAAAAUAAUUGAAACUAAAUAAAUUUAUAUAAAUAUUAUCUCAUUAUUGAGAUGGCAUAUUUAUAGAUUCGACGACUUGUUAAUUUUCUUUUCAAUAUUAUGUAAUAAUCUAUAAUAUAAUAAUAAAUCUUAUUUCCAUUUUUAAUUAUA